GUACGAUUACACCUUAGAAAAUUAAAACUACCUUGUCUGAAAUUUUUCAACCAAAACACCGACACGGUUGGCUUCUGAGAAACCUCAGGUAGACAGUCAGCCUCGUUCCCAACUACCAUGUUUUAACUAACAGUCAAAACAAUCCUUUGUUAGUCCAUUUCUUUCUGAUUAAGUCUUCUUCUCCUUCUUCCUCUAUAAAAAGCUAGCUGCGAAGGAGUUAGAUUUUCAGGUAAACAAAAGAAACCAGGAUUAUCAGUCAUGACUCAAGAGAUAUGGGUUGUUCCAUUUUUUGGGCAGGGCCAUCUCCUACCAAGUAUGGAACUUUGCAAACACGUGGCAUCAAGAAACUUCAGAACCACCCUUAUCAUUCCCUCUAACUUCUCCUCCGCUGUCCCCUCCUCUAUUCACCAAUAUCCAUUACUUGAAGUAGCUGAAUUACUCUCUUCUCCACCACCUUUGCAGCAGCAUCCAGGACCCGACCCGCUUCUCCCUCCCCACAAGCAUCACAACCAGAUGGCACAAAGCCUUGAAAACCUCAUUUCAACCCGAUCACUGAACCCGGUGUCAAGACAACCCGCUUGUGUUAUUGUUGAUGUUAUGAUGAGCUGGACUGCUGAAGUUUUUGCAAAGUUUGAGGUUCCAACCAUUGGGUUCUUUACAUCUGGUGCGUGCUCGGCAGCCAUGGAGUAUGCCAUGUGGAAGGCCCACCUGGAUGACUUGAAGCCUGGAGAGAUCCGUUUACUUCAUGGUUUACCGGAGGAAAUGGCUCUUACACACUCCGACCUUAAGAGGAGGCCCCACGGGCCUCCGGGUGGUAGAGGAGGUCCACCUGGCUUGGGCGGACCACCCGGUCCAAUGGGUGGUUUUCCUAGACCACCAGGUGAUGUGGGCCCUUCUAAAAUGAUGGGUCCACCCAAACCCGGUGCACCACCACCAUGGUUGGAGGAAGUGAAGGGCUCGAUUGCAUAUAUGAUCAAUACAUGUGAUGAUCUUGAGCACCCAUUUAUUCAAUAUCUAGUUGAUCAAGUUAAGAAACCAGUUUGGGAUAUUGGUCCAUUAUUACCCGAGCUAUAUUGGAAAUCGUCUGGUUCACUUCUUCAUGACCACGAAAUUCGAACCAGCCGGCGGUGUAAUGUCACCGAAGAGGAAGUGAUAGCAUGGUUGGAUUCAAAACCACCUGGUUCGGCAGUAUAUGUGUCAUUCGGAAGUGAAGUGGGUCUUGAAAUGGAGGAGAAUCGGCAUUUGGCAAACGCACUGGAAGCAUUAAACCGGCCAUUUAUUUGGGUGAUCCAACCUGGUUCGGGGAGACCAGGUCCACCACCAGGAUUACCUAGUGCUGAUACUGAAGAAGAUUAUUUUCCUCGUGAUCUAGACAAAAGAGUAGGUCAAAGAGGCAUGAUAAUACGUGGAUGGGCACCACAGCUGUUGAUACUAAGCCAUCCAUCAGUCGGUGGAUUUUUAUCGCAUUGUGGAUGGAAUUCUACCAUGGAAGCUAUUGGACUUGGUAUCCCAAUUUUAGCAUGGCCUAUCAGAGGUGACCAGGACUAUAAUGCCAAACUGAUAGUGAAGCAUCUCAAGGUUGGGUGCAUGAUUUCUGAUGAUUUCUCACAAUCGAUCGAGAAAGAUGAUAUAAUCAAGGGAAUAGAGUGUCUAAUGACAGACGAAGAUGUCAAGAAGAGAGCAGCUUUGCUUAGUGCUAAAUUCAAGCAUGGGUUUCCAGCGAGCUCAGUGGAUUCUCUAGAUGCCUUCAGAGAUUUCAUAAACCAAAGGGGCAGUCGUUUGAGCUCAGCAACUUGAUCUGGCUAUGGUUAAUAACCUUAUCCGCCAUGUGCUGUACAGAACAUGGCUGGCAUGCGUGUCUGCUACAUAGAAAAGAGUUCAAGAAUUGUUGAUCGUACUUUUCCAUCGACAAUUGUCCAAAUCUGAAUGAGGAAUUUGGACAGUGCAAUCUUUGAGCUUUAAGCACGUAAAGGAAUGUGAUGGUAUAAGCAGAGCUGCAGGUGCACGGAUGAUCCAACGUUACUAAAUUGUAUUCCAAUCUAUUGUGAAAUUUGUCUAGGAAUACAGUAAUAUUAUCUAUAUAUACUUUUUAUUUUUUAAUUUUUAAAGCUUUACUUGAA